AUGGCCGACGCAGCAGGACUCCCCGAUUUCGUCCUCGACCCCAAUGCAGUCCUCAACGACAAAGACGCCGCAUGGCGCCACGGAGGACCCCCAGAUUACAGCAAGACUCGCGCCUACUACGAAGAGACCAAAACAAUGACCCACGAAUCCGGCAGCCUCCCCUUCCUCGUCGAGAACCUCGUCAAGAACUGGGAAAUCGAAGCCUCCUUCAAGACCAACCUCGCCGACUGGCGCACCAUCGACCACGAGACCUACCACUUUACUCUGAACGGCGGACCCCCGCUCACCGGCGAACACAUGCUGAAAGUCGGCACAUACAAUGCCCUCCUCACACCGAGCGCGUACUACGACCCCGCACACAAUGACUUCGAACAAAGCCACAAGUCCUUCAAGCGCAUGAUGCCUACCUUCGCUUGGGAAGUCACGGAAGUAUACAGUGGUCCGCCGGUCGUGGUCUUCAAGUGGCGUCAUUGGGGUGUGAUGGCGAGGGAUUAUGUUGGAUAUAAUGACAAGGGCGAAAAAGUCAAAAUCGCCGCCCACGGCGGCACGAUCGAUAUCCAAGGUAUCGUGAUCGCCAAGGUCAACGACGGAUUGAAGCUGCAACGUAUCGAUGUGUGGUUCGACCCGUUGGACAUGUUCCGUCAGAUUGCCAAGGGACAUGAACAGGUGAAGGUGGAGGAGGGUGAAGCUGUGUCUGCUUCGGGAUGUCCUUUUGCUGGGGCGAAGGAGUAG